AUGGCAAAUACGAGAGGAAAGGUUCGCCGUAGCAAGCGUCAGGCAGGAGAAAGUGCGACUCCUACGGUUGACAAGAAAAUUUCAAAACGGUCUAAGACAAAAGAAGUUGCAAAGGUUGAUGUCUCCAGAAAGAAACAUGCAAAGGUUGAUGUCUCUAGAAAGAAAGUUGCAAAGGUUUGUGUAGAAGUAGAUUGUGAAGUCAAUGAAUUAGUGAGAAAAGGGAAUGGUGAAAAAGAUAUUGAUGGAAGAGAAGAGCAAAGUCAUGUAGAGGUAGAUGUUGCGAAAGAAAGCACUGAAGCUGCAGUGUCUGUUGAUGAAAUGGGUGAAGCAGAGAAAGACGAUGAAGCUCAAAUGGCUGAAUCAGAUAAAAUAGAUGAAGAAGAAGUGCGUGUACUCAUAUCUGAGAAAGAAAAGGUUGUAGAAGAUGGAGAGGACAAAGAAGCUCAAGAACCUUCUCAGGCUGCUCAAGAUGAUUCCACUAGAGGAGGUUCAAUCCCGACUACUGAACAAUUUUGA